CAGGGCCGUGCCGGGGGAGCGGCUCCGUCCCGUCCGUCCCGGUCCCGUCCGUCCCGGGCGCUCCCGCCGCCGCUCCCGGCGGCUCCUGCCCCGCCGGCCGCAAUGAGGGUGCUCGCCCCGCGCUGGGCGGCUCUGGCCGUGCGGGCGGUGGGCGGGCGGUGGGCGCCGCCCGUCCCCCCUCGCCGCGGGCGCAGCGGCCCCGGCCCGCCCGCGCCGCGGGAGUGGGCGCUGCCCGUGAGCCCGCGGGGCCGGCUGCGGGUGCGGCUGCCGUGCCAAGUGACCGUCCGCCCGCUGGACCCGCAGCGCUGGCCGGGCGCGGACCGCGUGCUGGUGGCCGUGAGCGGCGGGAGCCCCGCGCCCCGCGGGCGGGAGGGGGAGCGGGAGCCCGUGCGGGUGGAGCACGACGAGGCGCUGGGACAGGUGGCGAUCGUGGCGGACGGUGUGGACAGCAAGGCCGCCGUGGACGUGCGGACGCCGGUGAAGUUCGAUUUGGAUAUCAAAACAUCAGGGACUGGCUGCGUGAAGAUUCAGAAAAUAGAAUGUGACAACUGCAAAAUAGAAACGGAGAAGGGGACUAGUGUCUUGCAGUCAAUAAAGAGCCAUAAAAUCGAUAUACGGACAAAUGGUGGCAAAGUCAUUGGUCUUGGAACACUUUAUGGAAAUACAGAUAUUUGUGCAACAGAAAAGGGGAGUGUAAAUAUAGAGAAGCUGCAAGGGACAACCAUCAACAUAUCUACUGAAGAUGGGCUCCUGAAAACUAAAUAUCUCUAUGCAGAAUCGUCCUCUCUCUCUUCAGGAGCUGGUGAUAUUAUGCUGGGAAGUGUUCAUGGUAACACCACCCUUCAGACCAAAACAGGAAGUAUCACAGUAGAUUCUUCAGAUGGAAGUCUAAAAGCUUCUACAUAUCAUGGGACAAUAGAUGUUUAUGUCAGUCAAUUAAGAAAAGUGGAUCUGAAAUCCCAGAAAGGUUCAAUUACAGUCAAGGUGCCUGCCUCUCUCAAAGCCUAUUUAGAGUUGUCUGGAAGAAAAGUGGAUGUGAACUCAGAGAUCCAGUUAAAAGAAACACAAAGAACCUCCAAAGACGAUCACGUAACUAUAAGUGGUCACAUGAAUCAAAAGGAUGAAACAGACAAAUGGAUUAAGGCUGAGACACAAAAUGGCAAAGUAUAUCUCAAAAGCCAAAGCUGGAUCCAGUCUGUCAAGCUGAAGAGUUCUUAAAGGGGAAAUAGGCCAAAGAGAUUAAAUCAAGAAAUUGUAAAGGAAUACUUGUAUGAAAUUAUGAAACUUUGUUGAUGUAUAUUUUUAAUAUAAGAGAGAAAGGAUAUUAAAAAUGAGGGCGUUUUAACCCAAGAUUUGCCUGUGACAGUGCUGGUGCUAAACAGGUCUGGUUUACUUUUAGUGCCUUUUAUGAACAAGAGGAUCUUAUAUAUUCAGAAUUUAUAUAACUUGACCCAGUUUAAAAGCUGGUAGGUUUCAAACAAAAGUUUGGAAUUGUCAUUUAAAAAUAAAAAGCAUUUUCAACACAUUUUAUCUCCAGAUAUGAGAAUUUACUUCCAAGUUGAUGUGCUUUGCUCUUCCAAGUGUAACGUGCUCUGUUACACUUUUUAAAUGUCUCGAUACUGUGGAAAUUCUAUUGGCUUAUGCAAAAUGAAGAGAAUUUUCUUCAACCAAAAUGUCUGUAUCAUGGAUGGGAUAAAAUCACUUUCAGAACUGUAGUUCUUACGUGGUCUUCUUGUUUGUUGUUUGAACCCUAAGGGGUUUUUGCCUUGUCAGUGGGUACUCUGUGUAAAACUGUUGCUGUGAAAUGUCAAAACUUGCUCCAUGUCUUCUUGGACUGCUUGUUUCUGGAUAGGAAUAAGAGCUCUAGCUAUGUCUGCCACUGCUCAUCUGCAAAGAAAAGCUUUUAAAGUAAA